UUUAUAGAAAAAACUGACACCUAAGUUAGAAGUGAGUAUAUAAGGAAGUCAUUGAGAAAGUAGAAUGCGCCACUCAUUCAUUUUGUUUGUUUUUGCGAGCGUAAGGUUGAGGUGUGGAGAAAGCGCGAAAGGGUGGGUGGUGAAGAAGAGAUGAUGGUGAGAGCACGGCCAAGGGACAUAGAUCACUUGCCCAAGAACGCCGCCAACUACACAGCGUUAACGCCGUUGUGGUUUCUAGAAAGAGCUGCUACGGUGCACCCCACCAGAAACUCCCUCAUCCAUGGAUCUCGUCACUACACGUGGCAGCAGACUUAUCACCGUUGCCGUCGAUUCGCGUCCGCUCUUUCUAACCAUUCCAUCGGUCUCGGAAACACUGUUGCUGUAAUUGCACCCAAUAUUCCAGCUGUUUAUGAAGCUCACUUUGGGAUUCCAAUGGCUGGGGCUGUGUUGAACCCUCUUAAUAUUAGGCUAAAUGCAUCCACAAUAGCUUUUCUUCUUGGUCAUUGCACAGCUGCAGCAGUAAUAGUUGACCAAGAGUUCUUUUCUUUAGCAGAAGAAGCUUUGAAAAUAUGGUCUGAGAAGGCCAAAACCUUCAGCCCUCCACUUUUAAUAGUCAUUGGUGAUGAAAAUUGCGACCCUAAGGCACUUAAAUAUGCUCUGGGCAAAGGAGCCGUUGAUUAUGAGGAUUUUCUCCAGAGUGGAGAUCCAGAAUAUGCAUGGAAACCCCCAGAGGAUGAGUGGCAGAGCAUUUCAUUGGGUUACACAUCCGGUACCACUGCUAGUCCGAAGGGUGUGGUUUUACAUCACCGUGGAGCCUAUCUCAUGUCUCUGAGUGGAGCUCUUAUUUGGGGAAUGACUGAAGGAGCUGUGUAUCUUUGGACACUUCCCAUGUUUCAUUGCAAUGGUUGGUGUUACACUUGGACACUUGCAGCUCUGUGUGGUACAAACAUAUGCCUUCGGCAGGUAACACCGAAGGCAGUAUAUGAAGCCAUUGCCAAGUAUAAAGUGAGUCAUUUUUGUGCAGCACCAGUGGUUCUUAACACAAUAGUUAAUGCCCCAGCCGAGGACACCAUUCUUCCUCUACCCCAUGUUGUGCAUGUGAAUACAGCUGGGGCUGCUCCUCCUCCUUCUGUUCUUUCCGGCAUGUCUGAACGAGGAUUUCGUGUCACACACACUUAUGGUCUCUCAGAAACCUAUGGCCCCUCCGUCUAUUGUGCCUGGAAACCAGAAUGGGAAUCACUUCCCCCUGAAAACCGAGCCCGGCUCAAUGCAAGACAAGGUGUUAGGUACGUUGGCUUGGAAGGCCUGGAUGUGGUGAACACAAAAACCAUGGAACCUGUUCCUGCUGAUGGUAAAACUGUUGGUGAGAUUGUGAUGCGGGGUAAUUCUGUGAUGAAAGGCUACUUAAAGAACCCUAAAGCUAACGAGGAGACCUUUGCAAAUGGAUGGUUUCAUUCCGGGGAUCUUGCUGUGAAGCAUCCAGAUGGGUAUAUAGAAAUUAAAGACAGAUCAAAGGACAUCAUAAUCUCUGGUGCUGAAAACAUCAGCAGUGUAGAGAUAGAGAAUACUCUUUACUCGCACCCUGCAAUACUGGAAGCAGCAGUGGUUGCAAGGGCAGAUGAGAAAUGGGGCGAGUCUCCCUGCGCUUUUGUGACAUUAAAGCCAGGAGUGGAUAAAAGCAAUGGGCAGCGUAUAAUUGAGGAUAUACUAAAGUUCUGCAAAGCCAAGAUGCCUGCUUAUUGGGUUCCAAAAUCAGUUGUGUUUGGAGCCUUACCUAAGACAGCUACUGGGAAGAUACAGAAGCAUAUACUGAGGGCCAAGGCAAAAGAGAUGGGACCUGUAAAGUUGAGUAAGCUAUAAACAUAUUGAAAUGAUCAUGACGAAGAAAGAUGCUAGUUGUUGCAAUUUGUGAUUAGGAUUCUGCAUACUUAUUAGUCAAAGUUGGUAUGUAUAAUAUCAUAGCAGAGGCUUUUAUCUGCGGUUCAAAAGUAGUUUUUUGGAUAAGACCAACGUGUCACUCAUCUAUUUUGAAGUCAAUAAAUCCAUUUUGGCUUCCAUUAUAAAUUUUAGCGUGUAUUUUCCUCCAUUAUGUGACGCAAUUUGAGGUCAGGGAUAAUGUUCAGAUAAAAGUCUUUCAUAUACUCCAAGAUUCAAGUUCAUGAAAAUUGGCUGACAUGUGAUGUAGUCCAGUAUCUCGGCUAUCAUUCAUUAUUGGGUUCGGUUAUGUCAUAUUGAAACGUGCAGAAGUCUGGCUCUAAGUUAUAUUGCUUGGUUUAAAUAGAAUCAUUAUCAAGAUUCAAGCUUACCUUUCGAUAUCCUUAUUAAGCCAAUGAAGCUUCAAGAUAGUUCA